GUAGUUUGUUAAUAGCCAGCCACACGUACGGACGCGCACGGGAAUACGGAAAACAAAACGAUCGUCGGGGAGAUCGAUUAUUUACCGACAAUAACAAUAACAAUUGCCACAGGAGGAGCCAGCAAAUACCAACAACAAAUUGACGGAAAACAUACAUUUGCGCGGUGUCAGCAGAAGAUCUCGGGCAACGAUACGCAAAAAUUCGCCAACGUCUCAAAGGCCAAUUGAAGUUUGUGUGGCAUUAGGUAACCAGAGACGCGAAUAGUUCUAUAAUAGUUCUAUAAAAAAAAGGAAAAAAAAAUAUAGAGAAGAAACAGCCAUAUCAGCAGUACGCCCUCCACUUUGACGUACUUCACUCAAGUAUGAAGCCAUUGUGUCAGUUGGCCAUCCGCUGAUGAUUGUGUGCGGAGCUUUGUCUACAGCCACAAAGCUAACCAAUCAAUGUGUCGUCUGGUGGCUGGCAAUGUCUCGGAUAUGCUGACUGGAAAUGGAUCCGAUGAUUAGACGACAGAGAUGCCAGCUGUGGUCUAGCCACACUCGAUUUUUGAUACUACUUUACAUCUGUGGCUUGCAACAAGCUCAGGGAUACUUUGUGGAUUACACAGAGAACACAGAACUGAUACAGCAGCGUGCCGGAUACGAUGUGAAGUUGCAGUGCAACCUGAAGGGUCUGCUGGACGAGAGCAAGUUGGCCGACAUCCAAAUACAUUGGUACUUUAAGCAAUGCAGCGACAACAAUUGCUAUCAGCCCGAGUCAGCCGAUGACUGGACAGCCCUGCCCUGCGAACCAAGUCUAUGCCGGCCGGAGCUCUGGCUGCGGAAUGUUACAGAUCGCUAUUCUGGCCUCUACAAGUGCAGAAUCAAUCCGGAUGUGUGGGACAAGGCGCAGUCAGUGGAUGUGCAGCUGGUGCGCACCUACCAGCUGGAUGUAAAGAACACUUCACUGGCUGCUCCCGAGUUCAUGGAUUCGUAUCCCAGCAACAAGACCGUCCAGCUGGGCAGCCGCGUGGUGUUCCAGUGCAGAGUGCACAGCGAGGAGCAUCCAACAAUCAAAUGGUUUAGGCGGCACACCUCUGUGGGUUCCCUGCCCUCCGCAUCGCCUGCCUCCAAUUUCAGUGCCCACAUCGUUCGCUACAAUGGACGCACCUAUGAGCCGCUGUCCACGGGCUCGGAGAUGCUGAUCGCACCGCAGAUCUAUCUCAGCAAGCUGAUCCUUGACGGCGUGCGACUGAGGGAUGCCGGACACUAUGCCUGCGCGGCCAUCAGCUAUCGCGGCCACAAGAUCCGCGAGGCCUUUUUGGAGGUGCUGCCUGCAGAGGAGCUGGAGGAGGAGUACUGGAACGACUACGACAACAGCGAUGAAGGUGUCCCUGGCAGUGAUCCGCGCGAGUUCCUGCUGCUCUUCCUCAUGCCCUUGGGCCUGGCUCUGCUGCCGCUGACCGUCUGGUGCAGUUAUCUGGUGUACAAGCGCUGCUCGGGCCACGGGGACUGCCAGCGCAUGAGCUCGGACGAGGAGCUCGACACGGAGCGAUGUGUGCUGGGUGGCAACUGACCCACUGAUCCGGGGCAAGCUGCUAUACGCUUAUUACGAUUACGAGUGAAGACUGUCCAUAGUUCUACGAUUAGAUUUCUAGAUUAAAUGUGCAAAUUAAGUGUUUUCCUUACAA